AUGUUGCAGUUUAACAGUCAGCAAGAGUUUCUUUUCCUAAAACAUAAAGGCAGAGAGAUGGAAGCACCAAACAUCCUCCUGCAGUCCAGCAAGGGGAAGGAAAAGGAAGUCGUUCAUGUAGACAAGCAGAGUGCCUCCUCUGCUACCACUCCCUUGAGCGCCCAGCCCCUGCUGCAAUCAGGACCUGAGCGGAAUUACAACUAUUAUAUGGAUGAUGAAGAUGAGGAAGAUGAAGAGAAAGAACAAGGGAAAUGGUCAGAUGAAGAUACAUUUAAGGGAGAAAGCAAGGCCUCAUCAUUUAUUCCUUGUUCCCCUGCUCUUUCCUCUAGAUCCCUGGCCACAUCAUCUGCUCCAUCCAUGUUGAACAUCAAUGUUGGUGGCCAAAGUUACCGCCUCACCUACCAGGCAGUGGCCAUCUACCCCAAGACCCGCCUGGGCCGAUUGGCUACCUCCACUGACCGUCGUUGCCAGCUGGGCCUGUGCGAUGACUACGCAGCCCACGUAGAUGAGUAUUUCUUUGACCGCGACCCAGCUGUCUUCCAGCUGGUGUACAAUUUCUACGCCUCGGGGGUGCUGCGGGUGAGGGACGAGCUGUGCCCCCGUAGCUUCCUGGAGGAACUGAGCUACUGGGGCGUGCGUCUCAAAUACACACCUCGCUGCUGCCGCAUCUGCUUCGAGGAGCGCCGGGACGAGCUGAGUGAGCAGCUAAAGGUCCAGCGGGAGCUGCGCUCCCAGGCAGAGGCUGAGGAGAAUGAGCAGCUCUUCCACCAUAUGCGCUACUACGGUCCUCAGCGCUGGCGCCUCUGGAACCUCAUGGAGAAGCCCUUCUCCUCUGUCACCGCCAAAGUGAUGGCAGUGGCCUCCAGCUUCUUCGUGCUCAUCUCCGUGGUGGCCCUGGCACUCAACACAGUAGAGGAGAUGCAGCAGGUAGAUUGGAAGAGUGGGGAUAGCCGGCCUGUCUUGGAGCAUGUUGAGACCUUGUGCAUUGCAUUCUUCACAUUGGAGUACCUGCUGCGCUUGGUCUCUACCCCAGACCUGCGCCGCUUUGCCAGCAGUGCCCUCAAUGCAGUAGACCUCAUUGCCAUCCUGCCCCUCUAUCUGCAGCUGCUGCUUGAAUGCUUUACUGACGAUGACCAGCCCCGGGGUCGGGGCUCCCAGCACGAGCACGAUAUUGAGAAGGUGGGACGGGUGAGCAAGGUAGGACAAGUGCUUCGCAUCAUGCGCCUCAUGCGCAUCUUCCGCAUCCUCAAGCUGGCCCGCCACUCCACAGGGCUGCGUGCCUUUGGCUUUACCUUGCGCCAGUGCUACCAGCAGGUGGGCUGCCUUUUGCUCUUCAUUGCCAUGGGCAUCUUUGCCUUCUCUGCCAUGGUCUACACGGUGGAGCAUGAUGUCUCCAGUACCAACUUCACCAGCAUUCCCCAUGCUUGGUGGUGGGCUGCCGUCAGCAUCUCUACAGUGGGAUAUGGAGAUAUGUGUCCAGAAACUCACCUUGGACGCCUGUUUGCUUUCCUCUGCAUUGCUUUUGGAAUAAUCCUGAAUGGCAUGCCCAUCUCCAUCCUCUACAAUAAAUUCUCAGACUAUUACAGCAAGCUGAAGGCCUAUGAGUACACAGCUCUCAAGAAAGAAAGAGGAAAGGUCGACUUCACACGGAGAGCCAUGAAGAAAAUAUCUGAAUGCUGCGGAGAAGGUGCAACACACCCUUUGUCACAGCAAUGA